AUGCCUCCAACUUCAGAAUCACAUUGGUCUCCGUUUGCUCCGUCCAUGUCGGUGACAUACGGCGGACUACCUGGCACCUCAACAUCAUCACCAGACUUCUCACCUCCAGGGACGUCGUCUCAGGAUGAUGGUUGUGCAGUGUGUGGAGAUCGGGUGAAUGGGAAACGGUAUGGAGCGCCUGCGUGUCUCGGAUGCAUAGUUUUCUUCCGACGCGCAGUCACCAACGAUGUCUCGUAUAAAUGUUUGAAGGGCGGAAAUUGUAUAAUCACGAAUGAAUCUCGAUGUAUAUGUCGCUACUGUCGACUCCAGAAAUGUUUCACUGUUGGAAUGAAAGCGUCCGCCAUUCAAAGACGAGACGUCAUGGGUCCUAGGAAGCCAAAAUCAAAAGAUAUCCCAAUAAAGCAAGAAGUGAUUGAGGAUACACCGAAUCUGAAAUGCAUAUCAAAUCCAUCGAGCAGUGGUAGUAUGGUGGAUGGUGAAUGGAAAGUUCACAUGUCCCAAUCAUACUUCAAUGCUCCAUUCCUCGAAGGAAAUCCCACAAUGAAGCGGAACAUGGGUCUACUCGAUAAUCUUGUCCACCUCCAAAGAUAUCAGAUUAAUCGACACCGCGAAUUUUUCGCCGCUCACGAAACAAUCAAUCUGGACGGUGACUUGUACGCUCAUUUGCAUAGAAAAGUAGGUGCCGAAUAUAUGCCUAUUUGCAGGACCUCAUGUCCUUAUUUGAAGCUAAACGGCACCAAUCAUCGGAGAGCGCGUGCUCAAGACGUCAAUAGUAUGCUCAAGCUGGGACUUGUCGAUGCAGCCACAUGGGGAAAUCAGUUUGAACCAUUCCGACGGCUGAGCACUGAGGAUAAGAAACACAUUUUGACGGAAUUCGGAUUCACUUUCAUGCUUGUUGAUCAGGGAUUCAAAACGGCUAAAAAAGCAGAGACUGGAUUCUGGUUACUUCAAAAUGACACUUUUAUGCACGAAGACUAUUUUCUUGGAUUACCGGAAGAUGAUGCCAAAAAGGAGAAUGCUGCUACGAAGGCAAAACUUCAUCCUCUAUUUGUCAAUGAAAGUCUCAACUGUGUCGGUUAUCCGUUUCGAGCGCUGCAAAUCGACGAGUACGAGUGUGCGGUUCUCAAAACCAUUCUGCUAUUGACUCAACAAGGAAUCUUCAAGGAGCAUUCUCAAGCGAUUCGCGAGUUAUCCAAUAGAUGUAUGAUUGAGAUGAUGGAGUAUGCACAGAGGAAACACCCUGACGCUGCAGCCGAACGUUUCGGAACUAUCAUUCUGCUCACAAGUUCUAUCAGAUGCUCUAUCAAUGCGCUUUAUAAUCAGACACGUGUCUCGGAUGUAUUCGAUUUGAUGAAGUUUGAUCCACUUGUUAGGGAUGUUCUACUAUCCUGCGGAAGUGCGGAGUCUGAUAUCGAAUUGUUAAGUAGUCAAAUAUGUUCACCGAUGGUUAUGAUGACUGUAUGA